CGGUCGGUCGGUCGUCGGGUAUUGAUUUUCAUAGGAGCACCGGCAUACACGUAACUCCACCACGUAAACGCGUAUACAUGCAUCCACGACGACUGACUGGCUGGCAGCUUUUGCCAAAUAUCUGCGUAAAAUUUCGCAAUCGCAGAUUCUCGACACGCUAAAUCGACUCAUUCCUGUGUUACGCCUUCGAGAGAAUAAUACACUUUGCCGCUACUCUCUCAUUGAUCAAGUACAGAUUCUUUAUUAGCGUUCCCUGUGCACCUCGUUUUCGAAAAAUAGUCGAGUCUCCAUACAAGGAGGUGCGCGAGCUGCAGAGUGAACGAAGAAGCGCGAUCAUAGAAGAAAGCUAAUCGUCAGGCACUCAACAAGAUGCCUGCUCCAACAUCAGCACCGGGUACGGUGGAGGGCCCACCUCGCACUGAAUUGCAGGAAUUACAACUAAAGGCCGAUCAAACUACAGAUGAGUCCCUGGAAAGUACGAGGCGUAUGCUGGCAUUAUGCGAGGAGAGCGAGGAUGUCGCAGCGAACACUCUGACGAUGUUAGAUCAUCAAGGCGAACAACUGGACAGAAUCGAGGAGGGUAUGGACCAAAUCAACGCCGACAUGCGCGAGGCCGAGAAAAAUCUCACAGGAAUGGAAAAGUGCUGCGGCCUCUGCGUUCUUCCAUGCAACAAAGGAGCCAGCUUCAAGGAGGACGAAGGCACGUGGAAAGGAAACGAUGACGGUAAGGUGGUGAACAACCAGCCCCAACGGGUGAUGGACGAUCGCAACGGGCUUGGCCCUCAGGGCGGUUACAUCGCCAAGAUCACGAACGACGCCCGCGAAACGGAGAUGGAGGAGAAUAUGGGCCAGGUGAACACGAUGAUCGGUAAUCUGAGAAACAUGGCGAUCGAUAUGGGUAGCGAGCUGGAGAAUCAGAAUCGGCAAAUCGACAGGAUCAAUCGCAAGGGCGAAUCGAACGAGACGAGGAUAAAGGUGGCCAACGAGCGAGCCCAUCAACUACUCAAGUAAGGCCACUCUCGACCACUUGCACCCCGUCGGCCACCAACAGCACCAAAUACCAUCAUCAUCACUAUCACAAUCACAAUUACAACACUAUCAACAACAACAACAACAACAACAACGGUUACAAUAACAACAACAGCAAUAACAACAACAACAACACCAGUGUUUAUCAUAAAACCAGAAUUAUCAGCUACAAAUAAUACAUACAAUCGAUUACUCUUCGUUACUCAUAUAACGUUACUUACGUACUCAUAUACUUACUUAAUUUAUUUGUCACUUUAUUUGUCACAAUGUACUUAUAUUCAUCGUGAACCUAUAGUACAGACGAGUUGACAAAUAGGCGAUUGAAUACGAUCGAUAACAUCGUUCUAUGAUAUGUUCUCUUUCCGUCCUGCGUUUAAAUUUCUUUCUUUCUUUCUUUCUUUUUUUUUCUCGUUUUUCUUUUCUUUUAUCAAUUAAUCGCGUACGUUAUAGAAAACGUCCAGAAUGAUCAUUCAUAUCAAUUUUUUACUCGCAAAGUUAAUCGAUUUAUUUGUUAUUCGAACGAUCAUCGCCUCGAAAAAGUUAUUGCCUUCUGGGAAAUAAAUUGUACCAUUGUAUGUGCUGUGCCUUUUAUUUUUCAACGAAUGUUAAAAGUAAAUUCUAUUUGAAUAUAUCGCUUGUAUUUCUUUUUUUUUUUUUUUUUUUUAUUUGUUUUGUUAUUGUUAGCCAAGUAGUUCGAUUCUUUAACGACUAUAUAUUUUCGUUUCCUUACGACCUUACGUUCUUUCGUUUGAUUUAAUUUACGUUACGAACUAUCUUCGAGUGAUUUUUCAAAGAAUCUUCUCCUACGAACUUCAUCUUUAACCCUUAAGAGAGCAAAUUUUCAUCUCUAAAUGUAGAAAUAUUUAAGACAGAAAGUUAGAAGAGAAAAAAAAAUUAGUUUAUUUACGAAUAAUAUUUACAUGUAACGAAGAUGUCGACGCGAGAUAGCGUCGUCAAGUCAAUUCAGUGAUUCGGUAGAGUUUUUUAAAAGACAAGCAGACGUUUACGCAGAAGUAAAAAGAAAAAGAAAAAAAAAAAAGAGAGAUAUAGAGAGAAAAUGAAUAAAAAUAAUAAACGAGUAAAGAUUUUUUCAUCUUAAUUGCACGUUUAUCCAAGUUCUUCCUCUCGUGAUAUAGCGUUUACACUUUUAACGAUUUAUCUAAAAAGUUUCUAAAAAUAAGAGGAGAGAUUAUUAUUAACGAUAAAUUGAAAAAAAAUUAAAAAAAAAAAAAAUAAAAAAAGAACAGAAUAAAAAAAAAAAGAUAGAAAUCCUUUAGCUAAAAAAAACGAAAACGCGUCAAGUAUCGUGCGCCUGUUUAAGGGUUAAAGAUUACCCACAGAUUAACGAGAACAGAAAUGCAUAUACACAAGAAAUGACAACAAGAGUUGUACCGGGAGCGUGCACACGCUGUUUGUUCUUUGCAUCGUUGCGCGCAUGCGUAUGCGCGUCUGCGCGUGUACGUGCGCAAGUCGAAACGAGUUCAGUAUACAUACACAUGCACAGUUUACAUCGGAUACGUAUACAUAUAUACAUCGCAUAUUAUACAUUCGUAUAAUCACACACAGAGACACAUCUACACACAGAGAAAUAACAGAAAGAAAAGGGAUAUAAUAAUAAUAAUAAUAGAGAUCGCACAGCGUGUGGGAGUGCACAUGUGAACGAUACAUACGCACAGCGAGAUCCCCCCCUUCCCCUAGAUAAUACAUACCAUGUAAUUUGUUAUCACGAUUAGCGUUACGACCAAAAUAUCCGUGUACAGUAGAUCGAUACUUAGAUGGACACCGCGUGUAUAUGUGUGUGUGUGGGUAUAUGUGUGCGCCAUGUGUAUGCCAUGGGGCAGACGCGCGUGUCACGCGGUAAAUUCGCAAGCAGCUAGUAGGUCGUAGCGAGCGCGCUAAAUGCGAGGAGCAACCUCGUGAUAUCUUUAUGUACGCGUACGAUCCAUGCUCGUAUAGGGGCGAAUUUAUAUCGAACGGAUCGAGGGAGCUUGCCUUAAGCGGCAAAUAAUAGAUAUUUAGAUUCCUUCCCGAGAGACGAUUCGAGUUAUUCCGCUUUGUUCUUUUUCUCGAUAUACACCGUAUAACACGCUCCACGUGGAACACAUCGUGCGAUCAACGAAAUAUUCUCGCUCCCCGAUGAGAACCCGAGGAAAACGGAACGAAUCGCAGCGCAGACGAGCGGAGGAGGACGUUUAGCGCGACAGCAAGUUCGAAUUCUGUGAAGAGAUACGGGAUGUUUUCUCCUCUGUGUGGAGAAGGAGGGGAAAGGAGAGAGCGAAGGUGAAGGAAGGAGAAGAUUUGAUUGAUCUGAACAGCGAAGAAGACGCGUCGUUUCGAACAGAAUAAAAAAAGAGAGAAAAGAGAGGGGGAGAGGGUGCGAGAAAGUGAAGAAAGGAAAGGAAGGAAGGAAGGAAGAAGGAAGGUGUGUUUAAUGUGUAGAUAGAAUUUUGUUCAUCGUUUUAUCUGUCGACUCACCGUAGAUCGAUUCCGUUUCUUGCGGCCCCGCGCACGCUUAACGCGCCGGGGUUGUCACUGUAAGGUUAAACUCCAAACGAAAGAAAUCAUGGACGCGGUAGGGAGAGCAAGGAGAAUAAUCGAAAAAGAAUAAUCGAAGAUUGUACAUUAUUGUAUUUACACGAAGCGAAGUACCUCUACCUUUGUAUUGUACACGAGCGAAAGAACGAACGAACGAACGAACGAAUAAUAAUAAUAAUAAUAAUAAUAAUAAUAAUCCAUUGUACGCUGUGUCGACACGGCGUCGAGGGAUACCCCCCCCCCUCCCCUCCCCUCCCAGUUGUUCCGUUUUUUGUAUCGUGAUCUGCGUGUAUCCACGUUAUACCCAUUUAUAUCUUAUCUUCCAUCACGAUCUUUUUAAUUUACACGCGAAUUUGUCCGCUUGUUAAACUCAUUUUAAACUUCGAUUUUUUUCUUUCUUCGUCGUAUCGUACGGAUACGAAUCGUAAAAAUUAAGAAUAAUUUAUAAUCUGAAUGAAAAGUAAAUGAAAUAGAUAGACGUGGUUACCGCAGAUUGGAUCCAACACUGCAGAUGAGCGAUGUUUAAGCUGUCAGCCAGCCUUAACAGUAUUCGCAUCUUUACACUUACCUCUUUAGCUUUAAGAGAAUGCAUAGAGACAGAGAGCCAGAGAUGCUGUCAGCGCUGACGUUGAUCCCCCAUCCCCCCUCUUUGUAGCAUCAAAAUUAGUCCGUAGCGAAGAGAAAACGAACAUGUAUGGAACGAGAGUGAGAGAGAACGAGCGAGCGAGCGAGCGAGCGAACGAACGAGAGAGAGAGAAAGAGAAAAAAGCGAGCGAACGAGAGAGAAAGUGAGAAUGAGCAUAUAUACGGAGUACGAAAAGAUUUCGUCGUGCAGAUUUUUUUUUUAUGUAGAUCACGUUCAGUGAAGCAAGAGAUACGUGUGUACCGUAUUAUUAGUAUAUUGUCGAUAAGCAUGAUGAUUUCGAUACACAUAACUACGUAUUUUAUAUAUAUAUAUAUACAUACAUAUAUAUAUAUAUGUAAACUUUUUUCUGAAUUUAACAAAUUAAUCAUAUAUAUAUAUAUAUCGAUAUUGUAUAAAUAUUGUAAAAGAUAUCGCCCUCGAGUCGCGCGCGCUGCGUUUAUGAAUCGAGCACAAAGAAGAAAGGAAAUAUAUUACGCGUAGCUCCUUUCGAUUUCGCUUGUUCGUUUGCUUUUAUUAUUGAAAUAGCAGGAAGCGUGGAAAGAGAGGAAUCUAUGGCUUGCAAAAAUUCUUGGACGCUUCGCCGGACGAACGUACUAAGAGAAAUUAAAAGAGAGAAUGAGAAUGGAAAUUUGAUGAACGGGAGAAUAGAGCAAAUGAAUGAAUGAGAGAGAGAGAGAGAAAGAGAAAGAAAUAGAGAACGAAUGGUAACCAAUGUUGGUAAUAAUUAUGAUUGUUACUCGAGAUCGUUAGGCCUAUCGUAAUUAUUUACUUUAACAGAGAAGAGAUAUACAGAAUAAUUAUAAAUAGGUAUAAAUAUAUAUAUAUAUAUAUAAAGAUUAUAUAUAUAUAUAUAUAUGAUACAAAUAUAUACAUGCAUACAUGUAUGGAACGAGCGCGGUGAGCCCCCUUCUUAUGUAGAUCUUUAAAAAGGAAAAAAAAAAAAAGGACAAAAAGCAAAAAAAAAAAAAAAAAGAGAGAAAGAUGAGAGGGAUUUAGAGUCGGAUGGGAAAGGGAGAUUAUCUUUAUUCGCGAGCGAACAAACGUUGUUAUAUUAUCAUAAAUAUUAUAUAUUAUAUAUUAUACAAUACGAAAUCGAGCAAUAUUGUAUUGUUACUUCGUCGUUAAUAUUUAUCACCGCCUAUUCGAAGAAUUAUAUUAUAUACCUAUUUUACAAAAUAAUCCCUCGUAUCUGAACGAGUAACUCAUAUCGAACCUGUUACAGGUCUAUGUGGUACGCGUACUUUUAAAUACCUAUUCACAGGAUUGUAUAGAAUACGCAGAUUUAAGUAGAUAGACGCGUAGAUAGGUGAAAAUAGACGAAGUUAGUUGCGGAGAAGGGAAAUGGUUCACGGUGUGAAUGGGAGAUUGAGUGAACGACGAGAAGAAAUUAUAAGCCGAAUAAUUGAACAGCGGUUUUUACGAAGCGAAAAACUGCUGGAGCAGCGACCAUUGAAAAAUGAGGAGAAGAAAAAAAAAAAAAAGUAAAAAAAAAAGUAAAAAAAAAAAAAAAAAGAAAGGGGAGAGGCGAAAACUCGCGA